AUGCGCGACUCGACUGAAUACCAGACGGUGUUCCAGUCGACAGUCGGCUUGCAUUACCUCGGCGUCUCGAGCCACCCGGCCCACCGUCAGCCAUUAUGCCGCAAUGUUGAAGGAUGGGGCCCCAUCAGUCCUUUUCGCUAUGACUUUACGCCCUGCUUUCUCGAUGUCUGGAUCGCUUCCGUCUCUGCGUUCGGUCUCAUCUUCGGAGCUGGUGCAAUCUACUAUCUGCUGAAGAAAUGCAGUCCCCAGCCCGUAAAGCAAGAUUGGCACUUCUACACCAAAUUGUCUGUCCUCGCCGCCCUCGCUGCCACCACAGUUCUUCAGGCCAUCUUUCAGAUCGCAAACUUUGGCAGCGUCUGGGCUGGCGACUUCCGCUUCUGGGCCACCGUCCUAAAUCUCGCAUCCAUCGGCCUCAUCUUCUACAUUCAGUACCUUGAACAUUGGCGAUCUCGCCAACCCAAUGGAGUCGUCUUGGUCUUCUGGUUGUUGCUCCUCAUUGCCUAUGCCGUCAAAAUGCGUUCGCUCGUAUCGCAACAGCUAUACCGUACCGAGCUCCCGUACUUCGUCUCCUUUGCCGUCAGUGUCGCCUUGGCCGCUCUUGAAUUCGGUCUCGAAUGGCUCGUGCCGAAACGUCUCAGUGACUAUGACGCACUUGGGGACGAGGAUGAAUGCCCUAUGGAGUAUGCCAACAUCUUUUCGAUCCUCACUUUCGCCUGGAUGACACCGAUGAUGAAGUACGGUUACAAGAACUUCUUGACUCAGGACGAGCUAUGGAACCUUCGCAAAAGAGACACAACCGCUGCAACCACUCAGGCCUUCAACGAUGCCUGGGAGCAAGAGCUGGAAAAGAAGAAGCCAAGCCUUUGGAUCGCUCUGGCUCGUGGCUUCGGCGGUCCGUACAUUCGUGGUGCCAUGAUCAAGACCAUUUCAGAUGUCUUGGCCUUUGUUCAGCCUCAACUUUUGCGUCUCUUGAUCUCUUUCAUUGCCUCUUACAAGACCGAUACGCCUCAGCCGCCUAUUCGUGGUGCUGCCAUUGCUCUUUCCAUGUUCGCCGUGUCAAUCUCACAGACACUCGCAUUGCAUCAAUACUUCCAAAGAGCCUUUGAGACUGGCAUGCGUAUUCGCUCAUCACUGACUGCCGCCAUCUAUCACAAGUCGAUGCGUCUCUCAAACGAGGGUCGAUCUGCAAAGUCCACGGGUGAUAUCGUCAAUUACAUGGCCGUUGAUACCCAACGUCUGCAAGACCUUGCUCAAUAUGGUAUGCAGUUGUGGUCAGCACCCUUCCAAAUCACGCUAUGUAUGAUUUCACUCUAUCAGCUCGUAGGCGUGAGCAUGUUCGCUGGUGUUGGUGCCAUGAUUGCAAUGAUUCCUAUCAACGGCGUUAUUGCGCGCAUUUCGAAGAACCUCCAGAAGAAGCAGAUGAAGAACAAGGAUUCAAGAACCCGUCUUAUGACCGAGAUUCUUAGCAACAUGAAAUCCAUCAAGCUCUAUGCCUGGACCACUGCUUUCAUGAACAAGCUCAACUACAUUCGCAAUGACUUGGAGCUCAACACUCUUCGCAAGAUCGGCGCUUCUAUGGCCCUAGCCAACUUCACCUGGUCGACUACUCCUUUCUUUGUCUCUUGCUCAACUUUUGCAGUGUUCGUCCUUACUGGUAACCAAGCGCUCACGACAGACAUCGUGUUCCCUGCUUUGACGCUCUUUAAUCUUCUCACGUUCCCAUUGGCAAUUCUACCCAUGGUUAUUACAUCCAUCAUCGAGGCAAGCGUCGCAGUCAACCGUCUGACAGACUUUUUCAUUGCACCCGAGUUGCAGCGCGACGCAGUGCUGAAGUACGAGGCUGUAGCCGAACGUGGCGAGGAGUCGGUCCGUAUUCGCGACGCCACAUUCACUUGGAACAGCAAUGACACUCGCAAUGCCCUUGAGAAUAUCUCUUUUUCCGCACACAAAGGUGAGCUCUCUUGCGUGGUUGGUCGUGUUGGAGCCGGAAAAUCUUCUUUCCUACAGACUCUUCUCGGCGACCUCUACAAGAUCAAGGGUGAGGUCGUUCUACGUGGAAAGGUAGCCUAUGUUGCCCAAUCUCCUUGGGUCAUGAAUGCCAGUGUCCGAGAGAACAUCGUCUUUGGUUACCGUUGGGAUCCCCACUUCUACGAAAAGACCGUCCAAGCUUGCGCUCUGAAGGAAGAUUUCGCGUCCCUGCCAGAUGGUGACCAAACCGAAGUUGGCGAACGUGGUAUCUCUUUGUCCGGCGGACAGAAAGCUCGCCUGACUCUGGCUAGAGCAGUCUACGCUAGAGCAGAUGUGUACCUUCUUGACGAUGUCCUUUCCGCUGUUGACCAGCAUGUUGGAAGACAUCUGAUUGACAACGUCCUGGGUCCCAAUGGUCUCCUCAGCGGAAGAACCAGAAUCUUGGCCACGAAUUCUCUUCCCGUCUUGAUGGAAGCCAACUAUAUUGUUCUCUUACGUGAAGGUCGCAUACUCGAACGUGGAACCUACGAACAACUCAUGGCCAUGAAGGGAGAGAUUUCACAACUCAUCAAGACUGCCAGUAAUGAGGAGUCUCAGGCCGAGUCCCAGAGCGAUUCGCUCGACAGCGAUGACUCCGCCACUGUCUCCGAGACUGAUCCGAACUCUGUCCAGCCCGAGUUGGAGAUUACGCAAGCCGAGGAAGGUGAGACUGAACUUGCACCAAUCAACACUGGUGGCGGUCGUCCAGCCCGUAGAGCAAGUGGGCUCUCCUUACGUCGUGCAAGUACUGCUAGUUUCGCUGGACCUCGUGGUAAACUUACAGAUGAGGAAGGUACUGUCGGCCUCAAAAGCAAGCAAAACAAAGAAUUCUCCGAGCAAGGCAAGGUGAAAUGGUCUGUUUACUCCGAGUACGCCAAGACUAGCAAUCUGGUUGCCGUAGCCAUCUAUCUCAUUACCUUGGUUGGAGCUCAGACUGCUCAAAUCGGUGGCAGUAUCUGGUUGAAGAACUGGUCCGAGAUUAACGGCAGGUAUGGUGGCAAUCCUCAUGUAGGAAAGUACAUCGGCAUCUACUUUGCCUUUGGUAUCGGCUCCGCUUCCCUGGUUGUUGUGCAAACGCUCAUCUUGUGGAUCUUCUGCUCUAUUGAGGCAUCGCGUAAGCUCCAUGAAAGAAUGGCCUAUGCUAUCUUCAGGUCACCCAUGACCUUCUUUGAGACUACCCCCGCCGGACGAAUCUUGAACCGCUUUUCGAGUGACAUAUACCGUAUCGAUGAGGUCUUGGCUCGUACUUUCAACAUGCUUUUUGUCAAUUCGGCACGAGCUUUAUUCACUUUGGUCGUCAUCUCCAUGUCAACGCCAAUUUUCAUCGCUCUGAUUGUGCCGUUGGGCGGCGUCUACCUAUACAUCCAGCGCUACUAUCUCAGAACCUCGCGUGAACUCAAGCGCCUGGACAGUAUCAGCCGUAGUCCUGUAUAUGCUCACUUCCAGGAAUCUCUGAGUGGCAUUAGCACAAUUCGCGCCUACCAGCAAAGUAAGCGCUUUGCAAUGGAGAACGAAUGGCGUGUCGAUGCAAACCUCAGAGCAUACUUCCCUUCCAUCAACGCGAACCGCUGGUUGGCAGUUCGCCUUGAGUUUAUCGGCUCUGUCAUCAUUCUUGCUGCCGCCGGCUUCGCUGUCAUCUCGGUUUCCACCGGAAGUGGUCUUACCGCCGGUAUCGUUGGUUUGUCCAUGUCAUACGCCUUGCAGAUCACCCAGUCGCUCAAUUGGAUUGUACGACAGACGGUCGAGGUGGAAACCAACAUUGUCUCGGUCGAACGCGUUUUGGAGUAUGCCCGCCUACCCAGCGAAGCACCCGAAAUCAUCUCAAAGCACAGGCCGCCAGUGAGCUGGCCCUCCAAGGGUGCAGUCUCGUUCAACAACUACAGCACCAGAUAUCGUGAGGGCUUGGACUUGGUUCUGAAGAAUGUCAACCUAAGCAUCAAAUCGCAUGAGAAGAUUGGUGUUGUAGGUAGAACAGGUGCCGGAAAGAGUUCCUUGACUCUUGCUUUGUUCCGCAUCAUAGAGCCCACAGAAGGCGAUAUCACCAUUGAUGAUUUGAGCACUAGCUCCAUUGGUUUGUUGGAUUUGAGAAGAAGACUUGCCAUUAUCCCACAGGAUGCUGCCCUCUUUGAAGGAACCAUUCGCGACAAUUUGGACCCAGGCCAUGUCCAUGACGACACCGAACUCUGGAGCGCCCUUGAUCAUGCACGACUGAGGGAUCACGUGUCGAGCAUGUCUGGAGGACUCGACGCUCAGAUUCACGAAGGUGGUUCCAACCUGAGCCAAGGCCAGCGUCAACUUGUCAGUUUGGCGCGUGCGCUGCUAACGCCGAGCAACAUUUUGGUGCUUGAUGAAGCAACUGCCGCUGUUGAUGUGGAGACGGAUGCAUUGUUGCAAACGACACUUAGAAGCAACAUGUUCAAGGAUCGAACGAUCAUCACGAUUGCACACCGCAUCAACACGAUCCUCGACAGUGAUCGCAUUGUUGUACUCGAUCAUGGACGUGUGGCUGAGUUUGACACACCUUCCGAACUCGUCAAGAGAAAGGGUCUUUUUUAUGAAUUGGUACGGGAAGCCGGACUACUUGGAAGUGUUGAUGCUAGUAAUGCAGCAGAAUAG